AUGAACAUUGUGCUGAUUACUAUUGUGUUUGCUGGCACCUGCUCAGCAGUUCCUAAGUACGAGGUUCCUGUACCCAUUCCGAUGAUGCCAGACUUGAAUCUAAAGAAGGUAACGGGAACAUUUCUCUCCUUCACUUGUAACUAGGGAUGGUGACAAAUUUAUCAAUAAUCGAGCUUGCACAGCCUUGUUCACCUGAUUACAGACUUUGCAAGCUGACUGUGCCCUCUUUAUAACCCACCUGUUUCUCCACGGAGUGCAAGGUGAUGUACCUGGUUCUCCCCUUCCUCAUUUAAUCCCCACAACAACCCUAUGAGGUAGAUUGGGCUGAGAGGCAGUGACUGUGAGCUUCAUGGCUGAACAGGAAUUUGAAUCCUGGUCUCUCCCAUGCCCUAACCCAGUGGUUCUCCAAGGCUGUGUUGUGCCACACUGGUGUGGCAGGAGAGGAUGGCAAGUUUAGCAGGAAGAACCAAGGACCAAUAACGAAACAUUUAAACAUUUCAGUGUAGUAUGUAUAUAUAGCAUUGUUUUAUACAGCUGUACCUUAGUUCUCGAAUGCCUUGGUACUCAUACAUUUUGGCUCCUGAACGCUGCAAACCCGGAAAUAAGUGUUCCAGUUUGCGAACGUUUUUUGGAAGCCGAACGUCUGAUGCCACUUCCUCUUGACUGCAGGAAGCUCCUGCAGCCAAUCAGAAGCUGCUCCUUGGUUUUCAAACAGUUUUGGGAGGUGAACGGACUCCAGGAACUGAUUAAGUUUGAGAACCAAGGUGCUACUGUACUUAUAAAGUAGUUGUGUUCUGUGUUAUUAAUCAAGCACUGCUAGGAGUUGCUUCUUUUCAUUUUGCAAUGUAUUUCUUAUCAAUAAUAAUAAUAAUAAUAAUAAUAAUAAUAAUAAUAAUAAAACAACUUGAUGUGGCUUGAAAAUAAUUCCAUUCUGAAAGAGGGGCCCAGAGUGGGAAGUCUGAGACCACUAUGCUACUUUAGCUACCAGUCUACAAUAUAUAUUAAAAUGUCUUUCUCAAUAACACACAAAUAAACCUCUUCUUUGUAGCUCACUGGUAAGUGGUUUCCUAUUGCAACGGUACAGUAUGACAAACAGACGAGAGAAGUCUAUGGCUAUUUAAUGGAGCCCCAAAAGAAUGGAGAACUGGUCCUCAAAAUUGAUGUUCCUAAGUAAGUCUGCAUCCACUGCUAUGAUCAUUAUCUACCUUCACAGUAUAAAGGGAAGGGUCCUGAGGCUUGGCCUGUUGCCUACCUACCCCUGCCUCUUUCAGCAGGGAGGCUAGGUCAUACACCCAGGGAUCCAGCCUUAGCUGCAUCCCUGAUCCCUGAAAGUCAAUUACAUCAGCUGAGAUUCUGAAUGUCUAUUGGGCAGCUUCCAGUUGCUCCCUCUUCUUCUGAAACUGGGCAAUGGGCCCCACAGAAGUCCAAGCUGCUGAUGGAGAUGAUGUCACAGGAAAAUUUGUUCUUUUGGGGAGGGGUGCUGGGAAGGGGAAGGAGUGGAAAGGUCAGGACCAUCUUGGCAGGCUGGGACAGAGGAAACCAUAUUUCUUAAAGGCACUACAACUUGAUUCUCAGAGGAAACAUGGCCCUGGCUGAGCACCUGGAACCCCUUUGAAAUCUUGUGCAGAGAUUGGGGGAGGGGGGCUUGCUGAUUGGGUGGGGAAGCAACUUGACAACCCUGCCUUUCUUUCCAGAAAUGGAGAAUGUCGGCGUAGAAGAGUUGUUCUAUACCCUAUAAAGCGGGCCGAAUUCGAUACUGAAGGUAAGUUUAAUAGAUUUCUCCAUUAUCUCCAUCAACACAUGCACGCUCUUUCUUUUGCAUCUGUGUAAGUGACUCCCAUGGCUGUUAAUGGAUCUUUUGCGGCUCUUUUUUCAAUAGAUGAGAAGACUACAGUACACAUUGUGGAUACAGAUUAUGAGACUUACCAUAUCAUCCACUUCCUAAUGGAGCAUAUGGGCAUGCUACAGCUGUAUGGUAUGUCUGGAGCUUACUUGGGUGCCGUAGGUUACAAUGGGCACACCUGUCAGCUUUUGAAAAUCUCACCCAUCCUCCCAGUUUGUAUAAGGUAGGCACAGGCAACCUUCAGCCCUCCAGAUGUUUUGGACUACAAUUCCCAUCAUCCCUGACCACAGGUCCUGUUAGCUAGGGAUCGUGGGAGUUGUAGGCCACAACAUCUGGAUGGUCGAAGGUUCCUAUGCCUGGUCUAAGGAUAUGUAAACACCACCACUAAUUGCCAAUAGAGUAAUCCACCACCACCCCACAGCUAGAUUUGUCAGAAUAAUGGGAGCAUCACGAUAAAACCCCAACAACAAAUUUGCCGUAAUCUACUGGCAAUUCAAAUUUUCGUCCCCACGACAACCCUGCGAGGCAGAGUAGCUUAAAGCGCUGGUUGACGUGCUCUGUGCAAAUGUGCCUCACAAGCCCCUGAGGGUUGCAUCAGGAUGGGACAAUUCAGAAUGGAGAAGGAACUUUGCCCUACACUUCUGGUUUUUCAUUUCAAACCUCCUCCUUCUGAAGCUGUUCUUUAAAAAAGGGGGAAGGGAAGGAGUCAGGCAAGAGGGAUUUGUUAAGAUACUUAACAGCGUGAUGAAGCAGCAAAAAAGAGCUAAUGCAAAUCUCAGCUGCAUCAGCAGAAGUAUUGUGUCCAGAUCCAAAGAUGUCACAGGACCACUCUAUUCUGCCUUGGUCCAACCACACCUGGAAUACAGUGUCCAGUUCUGGGUGCCACAAUUUAAGGAGGAUAUUGACAAGCUGGAAUGUGUGCAGAGGAGGACAACCAAGAUGAUCAAAGGAAUGCAAAUGAAGCCUUAUGAGGAAUGGUUGAGGGAGUGUUUAUUUUUGCUUGGAAAAGAGACUGAGAGAAUAUUUGAUAGUCAUAUUCAAAUAUCGAAAGGAACUGUCACAUGGAAGAGGGAGCAAGCUUAUUUUCUCCUCUGGAGGGUAGGACUCAAUCCAAUGGAUUCAAGUUACAAGGAAGGAGAUUCGCACUAAACAUCCGGAAGUAUUUUCUGACAGUGAGAGCUGUUAAACAGUGGAAUGGACUCCCUCAGGAGGUUGUGGACUCUCCUUCCUUCGAAGUUUUUAAGCAGAGGUUGGAUGGCCAUCUGUCAUGGAUCCUUUAUCUGAGAUUCCUGCAUUGCAGGGGACUAGAUGAGCCCAACUGUACCAUUCUAUGAUCUAUCCUCCUGCACUAUGAUGCUGAUUCUCAAUGCCAACUCCUUGUUUGUGUCUUAAGGCAGGGAACAGACUGUGUCAGAUGAAGUGAAAGAAAAAUUUAAAACUUUGGCCACAGAUUUGCAAUUCGAUCCAGAAGCAAUCGCCUAUGUAUCCGAAAAUAGUAAGGGCAAUUUAUGCUUAAGAUUUUCUCCACCAUGGUUUGAAGGUAUGGUGAUGAUGAUGCUAGCCGCUUGGACUCUAGAGAUCACCAGGUAUUAUUAGAAUCUGGAUAUGAGGGAGUUGGGUGGUGUUUAGCCUGGAGCAGAGGAGAUUGAGAGAGGAUGGGAUAGUCCUCUUGAAAUGUCUCCUGGGCUGUCACACAGAAGAUAGCUUCUUUUCUUCCCUGUUCAGGGAAGUUUUUAAUGUAUGACAUAUUAGUGUAUUUUUGGUAUUUGUUGAAGCCACCCAGAGUGGCUGGGGAAACCCAGCCAGAUGGGCAAGGUUACAAAUAAUAAAUUAUUAUUAUUAUUAUUAUUAUUAUUAUUAUUAUUAUUAUUUCUCCUGCUCUGGAGGCUAGCUUUUGAACUAGUGGAUUCCAAUUACAAGAAAGGGGAUUCCAACUAAACAUCAGGAAGUACUUUCUUACAUUAUUAGGAUUUAUUAAAUUUGAAGAUCUCGGGACAGUUCACAGUAUAAAAAUACAAUAUAAAAACACAAAAAUACAUAAUAAAAAGGAGAAAAAUAACAAAAAAACCCCCACCCCUAAGCCAUCCCUCCCACAAACACAUGUAAAAGGACAUAGACUGUUCAUCAGCCCAAGGCCUGGGUGAAGGGGAAUGGUUUUGCCCAGUGCCUAAAUAGAUAUAACGGUGGUUCCAGCCAAUCCUCCCUGGGGAGAAUGCCCACAGAAUGGGGAGCCACUGCAGAAAAAGUCCGUUCUUGUGUUGCCACCUUCCAGACCUUUUGUGGAAGAAGCACAUGAAGAAAGGCCUCACAUGAUGAUUGCAGGAUCCAGGUUGGUUUAUGUGGAGAAAAGCGACCCUUGAGGUUUUAUCAAGAGAAGGUUUUCUCCACAUGUAGAUAAGCAUUAUGGAUCCUUUAAAAAAGAGAAACCCUACUGAUAUCUGAGAGCCAGUCUAUUGUUGGCUCUGGAGCAUGGCCCAUAAGGAACAAAAUCAUCAUCAUCAUCAUCAUCCUUAACUUGUUCUGUUCCCUGGACCCAAUCCCACAUCUUGCUCAUUCACUGACAGCAUUUCUUUUCAUCCGCAGAUCUCUGUAUAUAAGAAGAUAUGGAAAAGGUAAGAUAAUUAGUCCUCUGCACACUUACCUGGGAGGUCAUAAGCUUUAUUGAAUUCAGUGGUGUUUACUCAUCAGUAGACACAUCUAAGGCAGUGGCGGAGCUUCAUGCUCCAGCUCCGGGGGACAGAGAGCAGGCAGUGGUGGGGCUGGCUCGUGUCCCAGGGGCUUUAAAGGUCAGCACCAACGCUUUGAAUUGUGCUCGGAAACAUACUGGGAGCCAAUGAAGAUUUUCAGGACCAGUGUUAUAUGGUCUCAGCGGCCACUCCCAGUCACCAGUCUAGCUGCCACAUUCUGGAUUAGUUGUAGUUUCUGGGACACCUUCAAAGGUAGCCCCAGGCCUCAGGCAGAAGUCUCCAUGAACACUGAUAAUUUUAGCUAGUUCAGACCUGAGACCCCUCCAGCAUCCAACUGAAUCUGACACUGACAUCUUCCUGCUGAUUUGCUGAUAUUAUUAUUAAGAUUAUAAGGAUUUUAUGUACUACCCUCUUCCCAGAGGUCCCAGGGCAGUUAUCAGCUAUGGCCUGGAGAGUAGGAACAUUAUCAUUUGAAAACAUCGGCAAAUCAGGCUUUUGUUAAAUGACCAGGAGCAGGGUGCAGAGGAAUACAACUGCAACCUUUUGUGGGUCUUCUCCAUGGGCCGAGGUCCCCACCUCUUGCUGUGAUAACGGGAUCUCUUGUCUUUUGCAAUUCCAUGCAGAAAGCCAAAAAUAACAUGGGAAAGAUGUCUGCAUGAGGAUGGGGAUGGAGGAAUCAUCCUGGAAUCUGCCUCCUGCAUUGCAAAUACCAACCACCAUUGUGAACCAUUCCAUUUGGAAAGAAAACUUGAAUCAUUUGGAUCAGAUAUAUAUUCAUAAAUGGUAUUCUAAUCACAUAAGUGGUACUGUUUUCUUGUCUGUUGGCCUAAGAGAAAGAAAACUAUUAUGUGUACACCCCAAAUUCAUAGCACUAUAUAAUAAGGAAAAUUCCUGAAUUCUGAGAUCCAGGCUUGGGGCAAGCACUCUUUGUUUCUGCAUUAAUUGUAGAUUCCAGGUCACCUUCAAAGGUAGCCCCAGGGCUCAGGCAGAAGUCUCCAUGAACACUGAUAAUUUUAGCUGGUUUAGACCUGGGACCUUGUAUAUGCAGACCGUGUUCUCUGACAGGGAGCUAAACCACCCACCCCACCCUGGCGAGUGUCCAAGAAAGGGUGUUUGCUCCAUAUGAAAUGAUCUUGGCAGUGGGUUAGGGGAACAAGGUUGGUCCCCUAAAUGUUCCCCUGGGGCCUCCUUCCCAAAGCCCAGGAAACCUCUGCCCAGCUUAGGGAGGGAGGCGUUAUGGUGCUCUGGUAGGUCCAAGAGCCCUCCUGCCACCUUCCCAAACACCACCUGGGUUUCCGAGGGAGGCAGAAAGGCUCCAGCAUCCUGCCAGAGCCCUGGUGCUUCCUUAAAAUGUUUAGUCGCUUGUCCCGUUAGAUUGACAAAAUGUUUAGGGGUGUGCAUACCCCUGUGACCCCCAGAAAAAAGCACUGGCUCUGCCCAUCAUCGCUUGCUUGUGUUUCCACAGGGGAAUGGAAGCUGGCACAUCUGAUGGGAGGGUGUUCCAUAGGGAGGGUGCCACUACCAAGAAGGCCGUCUGCCUGGUUCCCUGUAAUCUCGCUUCUCGUGGUUAGGAAACCAGCCCUUGGCGCUGGACCUCAGUGUCCGGGCUGAACGAUGGAGGUGGAGACGCUCCUUCAGGUAUACUGGGCCAAGGCCAUUUAGGGCUUUAAAGGUCAGCACCAACACUUUGAAUUGUGCUUGGAAAUGUACUGGGAGCCAAUGAAGAUUUUCAGGAUCGGUGUUAUAUGGUCUCCACGGUCACUCCCAGUCACCAGUCUAGCUGCCACUUUCUGGAUUAGUUGUAGUUUCUGGGACACCUUCAAAGGUAGCCCCAGGCCUCAGGCAGAAGGCUCCAUAAACACUGAUAAUUUUAGCUAGUUCAGACCUGAGACCCCUCCAGCAUCCAACUGAUUCCAAUAUUGACACCUUCCUGCUGAUUUGCUGAUAUUAUUAUUAUUAUUAUUAUUAUUAUUUAUAUACCACCCUCUACCCAGAGGUCUCAGGGCGGUUAUCAGCUAUGGCCUGGAGAGCAGGAACAUUAUCAUUUGAAAACAUUGGCAGAUCAGGCUUUUGUUAAAUGACCAGGAGCAGGGUCCAGAGGAAUACAACUGCAACCUUUGUGGGUUUUCUCCAUGGGCCAAGGUCCCCACCUCUUGCUGUGAUAACGGGAUCUCUUGUCUUUUGCAAUUCCAUGCAGAAAGCCAAAAAUAACAUGGGAAAGAUGUCUGCAUGAGGAUGGGGAUGGAGGAAUCGUCCUGGAAUCUGCCUCCUGCAUUGCAAAUAUCAACCACCAUUGUGAACCAUUCCAUUUGGAAAGAAAACUUGAAUCAUUUGCAUUAGAUACAUAUUCAUAAAUGGUAUUCUAAUCACAUAAGUGGUACUGUUUUCUCUUCUGUUGGCCUUAAGAGAAAGAAAACUAUUAUGCGUACACCCCAAAUUCAUAGCACUAUAUAAAAAGGAAAAUUCCUGGAUUCUGAGAUCCAGGCUUAGGGCAAGCACUCUUUGGUGAGAGAACUCCAGUCGAGAUCACAAAAUACGCAGCAAAAUAAAGCAUGGAAAUAUAGGUUGUUGGACCUUUAAAAUAUGCUCUCUACAGUGAUUUCCAAAAUGUCCCCAUUGGGGGGGGGAAACCUUUCUAAAGUUUCCUUCUUCCCCCAGGAGACCACAAGCUUGGAAAAUAAAAUGUAGUUUACUUAUAAACUCAUCAAAGGCCAGGUUCAUGGACUUCAGAAAAUUGCAUAGGCAGUAAAACCUAUCUUAGUUAGAAAGUAGUGGAACUUCCUAAAUUUCACAAUUCACAAAAUGCCUCUGAAAUGAAACAGCCUCUCUCUUCUUCUAAUUUCAAGAUGCUGAACACAACUAUGAUAAUAAAAUUUGUUGACUGGCUCCUGUUGAGGAGAUACAAAGAUGGUCAUGUAUAUACGACCCAGUCCACAUUGUGUAUAUGAUUUCAUUUGGCAACAUUGCAUUUCAUACUCCUGAUUGCACCAUAUGGUGCCAUAUCGCAUCAUACACACCAACCCCAGGACCAAUGACCUGCAGUUGAGUCAUGACAUCCCGGUUUUAUUAUCUCUGAUGUAAGAUGAUGCACUCAUUAGUGUAAAGCAAAGCCUCGCAGGCAUCACAGGGCGAAAGAAAUGGACAGUAGCAUAACCAGUUAUGCACAGUGAAGGACUUCCCAUUCCCAGCGGCGGAGCAAGCCGAUCGGGCACCUGCCCUGCGCCCAGUACAUGCCCUGCGCCCAGUGGUGGGGCCAGUUCCCCACAGGGCAGGGCGGGGCCAGCCAGGGCAGGACGCUCCGCUGGGCCUCCGAGAAGCCUGCCUGCCUCCUCCAACUCAGCGAUCCAACAGCUGAGGGGGAGGCAGAUGGCAGACUGUUUGGGGCGGUGAGGAACCUGUGGGCAGUCAAGCCAAUCCAUCACUCCCAAGAGAGACACGCGGCUCGGGCGCGCUGCAGGCCCCACAAUGAGUGCCACCUGCCAUUUUUUCACCCCCCGGGGUGUCCCGCCCCCACUGCCGCCCUUUCUCCGCCCCUGCCCAUUCCCAAACCUCUGAAAGUAGAGUCAUACCUCGGGUUAAAAUUGCUUCAGGUUGAGCCUUUUCGGGUUGUGGUCCGCGGCUACCUGGAAGUAACGGAACGUGGGCAAUGGCGGAUUUCCUCCGAUCGGGAGGAAUCCGCUCCGUGGAAAACAGGAUCUGAACCGCCACGGCGAGGCGGAGACCCACCAAAAACCACAGGCGGGAGAAGCCUGUGGACGUGGGAUUCGGCUGGCACCUUUGCCACUCCGCUCGCGGGGAAACCUGGUUUUGGGGAUCCGGAGCGACGUGGGGUGAGUGGCGCGGUGCUUUGAAUCGACUGCUUCUUUCACGGAGUGAAGCCGCAUUGCUGUUGCCGGAGAGCGCUGACUUUUUCCUGUGGACAAUUGGAUUUCAAACAACUGCCCGUGAGUAGAACGGAAAAUUGGACUGUGAAAUUUCUUAAUUAGGCACCAAAAGCGGGAAGGUCUAAACAGGAAGUCCGCCUUCCGCUUUUGUAGACAGAUUGAAGCAAAGACACGGCAAGCUAGAGUUCAGAAAGUCGUUUGUAAAGGACUAAAUUUUCAACAUUUAAAAUUACUGAACCCCCCUUGGAAGGAGGAGAAGAGGGGGGAACCUUUUUUAGACUGUUUAAACCUGCAGAAGAGAGAGUAAAGAAAGGUAAUUUUCCACCGUCUUGAACCUGGGAGCGGGGUGUCAAGACAGACGUUUUGGAGAAGCUCAUUGACUAUGGACAAACGUCUUUGACAGAUAGUUAAAAGAACAGAAACAUAUUGAUUCCAUUGUUCCCUUUCGCUUUUAAAAGGAACAAAAUUUUGACAAAAUAUCCGAAAAAGGAAAACUUUGUUGCCUUUAAAUCUGCAUUUAAAGAAAAAAGGAAAAAAAGAUGGAUACAAAUAGAAAUUGUUUCCCCUAGAGGGAGCUCGUGAAACUGUUAUUAAAGCCGAACUGGGGAGUUUUGCAGCUGUAAAAGAUUAAGAUCGUGGGACCAGACUUCGACCUUGAAUAAGAAUGUGCUCAGAAGCUCUGGUGCUUGCCUUUUGCAAGACAAGUGCUUUAUUGGAACAGUUACAUGAGAAAAUGGAUUUGAUGACAGUUGCGAUAGGAAAUUUUGGACAGGCAGUGGGUACCUAUAUAGAACCCACUCAGGAAUUAAUCCAGGAAUGUGCUUUGACAGAUGAGAUGAGGGAGGAGGCUGUUGCUGGACUUCGGGUGGCAGAGAUGGAGGGAGUUGCGGCCCAGCAGGAACAUGAGUCGUUGGAUUUGAUGAAUGAGCCGGGAAAAAGUCAGAUUAGGAGAGACGGAGUUCUGCUUGGUUUGGAGAUGGGGGGCUGGAUGGACCCCCCUAUGCAGAGAUGUUUUGAUUUUUCAAGUCUGGCUUUAGGCCAGGGGGAGCUUGGAGUUGUGGGGGCCCCUAAUUUUGGAGGGGCCUUGAAACAUGCCUUUAAAUACCACAUGGAUUUCAGUGUUGACUAUGGAAAAGGGGCUGACUUGUCGAGAAGGGACAAAAAUAUUGUCAAGUUGGAGUCUCCCAGAGUGAAAGGAGAAGAAGACAAAGUAAAGUACGGGUAUAAACAUGAAGAAGACCUGCGGAAGGGACAUGGAAAAGACUUAAGAGCCUCGGAUAUAAGGUCACCAGGUUGAUGGACUAGAUGGAUGGGAUAGAAAGGACUGACAAAACCCGAGACCAGGAGAAGAGACGAUGGGUGAAGAUUGGAAGAAAGUUUUAAAAAUUUAUUUAGAAAAGUAUUGCAAAAUUAAUAAGUAUCAGAAAAAUGUUGGAAUGAAAUUAAUUGGCUUUAGCAGAAAUGUUAAAAAGAAUUAUGUAAGAAUAUGUUAUGGUUAAAAGAAUUCGGUAUAAAUAAGAUUUAAGUUUUAAGUUUUAAGGUUUUUUAUGGUAAGAUAAGGUUAAAAUAGAUUAAGGUAAUUUAAUGACAGAAUAUUGUGAAAGAUGGAAAGGAUUUGCUGACAUAUUUAACAAUUAGAAUACAAAAAAGGGAGGUGUGAGGAGGUCUAUGAAAUAAGUUAAUGAAAGUUAAGGAUUUGGGAAUAUUGGAUUUGUUUUUAAAUUUGUUGUAUAUUUUUGUUUUUUGAUUGUGUUGCAUUGUGUGUUUUGUUUUUUCUUUUUGAUUUUGGCUUUCAUUGAUUUGUAUUGUUUAAUUGUUACUUUUAUCUACUCUUUUCUUUCUCUUUCUCUUUUUCUUAUUUUUUCCUUCUUUUUUUUUUCUUUGUAACUUUAAAAUUCUCAAUAAAUAUCAUUUUUUAAAAAAGGAAGUAACGGAACGUGUUACUUCUGGGUUUUGCCACUCGCACAUGGGCAGACGCUCAAAAUGACGUCAUGCGCAGAAGUGGCGAAUUGCAACCUGCGCACACGCAGACGCGGGUUGAGUUCUCUUCAGGAUGCGAACGGGGCUCCGGAAUGGAUCCUGUUUGCAUCCAGAAGUACUACUGUAUUUUUGAUGAAUUCAGACGACGAGAAGGGAGGCAAACCGAAGUCAGGUUCUUCUCAGCCUUCAGCAUGUAAGGAUGAGCCACACGGCUGCCUCAGAAAAUAAUUGGCAGCCAGUGCAGUCGGGCCAGGAUUGGUACAAUAUGCUCAACCAUCUUGCCCUAGUGAGAAUUCAAGUUACCAAAUUCUGCACCAGCUGAAAUUUCUGAACUAUCUUAAGAGGCAGCCAUGACAUUCUGAGCCAUGGCUAUUGAAGUUCCUCAAAACCAGCAGUCCUCAACACCACCUCUGAAACCGGCUGUGUCAGCUCAGGCAGGGGUGAAGGAAGGAGGGCGGUGGGGGUGGACAGUCCCAGGUGUCAUCACUGAGGGAGGUGACAUUGGGUGAGCUGCCCACCCAUGACUCCCAAGCCUACCCCAAGCCAUAUUGAGGUUGAAUCCUGACAAGAUAAGACAGAAGUACUGUUUUGGGGGGACAGGGGUGUGUGGGUGUGUGGGACUCCCUGGUCCUGAAUGGGGAAACUGUGCCCCCGAAGGACCAGGUUUACAGCCUGGGAGUAAUUUUGGACUGACAGCUGUCCAUGGAAGUGCAGGUCAAUUCUGUGUCCAGGACAACUGUCUACCAGCUCCACCUGGUAUGCUGGCUGAGACCCUAUCUGCCUGCACACUGUUUCACCAGAAGUGGUACAUGCUCUGGUUAUCUCCCACUUGGACUACUGCAAUGCUCUCGACAUGUGACUACCUUUGAAGGUGACCCGGAAACUACAACUAAUCCAGAAUGCUGCAGCUAGACUGGUGACCGGGAGUGACAGCCAAGACUAUAUAAAACCAGUCAUAAAGGAUCUUCAUUGGUUCCCAGUACCUUUCCGAGCACAAUUCAAAGUGUUGCCCUAAAUGCCCUAAAUGCCUUGGCCCAGUAUACCUGAAGGAGCGUCUCCACCUCCAUUGUUCAGACCGGACACUGAGGUCCUCCUCCGAGGGUCUUCUGCUGGUUCCCUAAUUGUGAAAAGCGAGAUUACAGGGAACCAGGCAGAAGGCCUCAAAAUUGGUGCCAAAGUAUUACUACCCUCCUUUUCUGCCCCAUUGUGUUCUUUUUUUUUAGAUUGUAAGCCUGCAGGGACCAGGGCUGUCUUAUCUUAACUGAUAGUAUGCAAGCUGCUCUGGGAACCAUUUUUGUUGUUCUUGUUGAAAGGCCUGGAACAAAUGCUCUCAGAAAAUAAACAAAAACAGUCUGUCAGACCUGCUUGAAGAAGAAGACUGACCCUGACUGGUGCACAGAUCAGCAGCAAUAACAAAAGUUGGCCAGGAGUGGUGACUGAUAUAGGGGAGCAGUUCAGACAAAACCACCCAGAGGAAUGGGCCUCUGCCCUGCCAAACCUCCAGGGUUGCAUACCUAUAUGGCCAAAUAUACAUCAUCCUAGCUGUUCAUGGUUUACCCAGCCACCUGCUGUCCAUCACCUUGAUAUCUCUCAUCCAACCAUAGUCCUUGGAAAGACUUUCACUACCCAUUUUUCACUGUGCAUACUAGAACCCUCCUUGUAGCUAAUAUGGGGCUGUUCUUCAUUUUAGCGUACAGUCAUAAAAUCACAGAGUUUUAGAGUUGGAAGGGACCGCAAGGGUCAUCUAGUCCAACCCCCUGCAGUGCAGGAAACUUGCCCAAAAUGGGGCUCAAACCCAUAACCCUGAGAUUAAGAGUCUCCUUUUUUUAGUUUUUUAUUUAUAUUUUCAAAUUUAUACAUUUCAUUACUUUUACAAUCAAUUUAACAUUUCAAAAUUUGACUUCCUUCCCCCUUUUACUGCGGUUCCUUAAAUUCAUUUUUUCUGUCUUCUGCAUAUCCAUACUCUGAUAAAAUUGCAGGUUAUUACAUUAAUCCCGCUACUGUUUUUAUCUGUUUAUAAUUUAUCUGGAAAUAUUCAAUAAACCAUUUCCAUUCUUUUAUAAAAAGUUUGUUAUCUUGAUUUCUUAUUCUUCCGGUAAGUUUUGCCAUUUGUGCAUAUUCCAUGAGUUUCUGUAUCCAUUCUUCCUUUACUGGGACUUCUGCAGUCACAUUCUUGCUGCUGUAGUAGCAUACAGAAAUAAAUUUCUAUGCAAUUUAGGUAGUUCUGUCCCUAUAAUUCCCAAAAGGAAAGCUUCUGGGUUUUUUGGUUUUUUUACAAACGUUAUUUUAAACAUCUUUUCCAAUUCAUUAUAUAUCAUUUCCCAAUAAGCUUUAACCUUACUACAAGACCACCACAUAUGAUAAAAAGAACCUUCCUUCUCUUGCCAUUUCCAACAUGUAUUUGAUUUAAAUUGAUACAUUUUUGCUAAUUUGAGAUUAAGAGUCUCAUGCUCUACCAACUGGAGAGUCGUUAGGUUCCUCCUUAACUGGCUCUUACCAGAUUGAUGGUCUCACUGGUAAUGUGCCUAACCUAAAUUCCACAUCGCUCCCCUUCCCCACUUGACUCAGGGUGUGCUGUGAGGACCACUGAGCAGGAAUCUAACUGCUUCCUAAUUGCCUUGCAUGUAAGAGAUCAACUGGCAUGACUUUAAUAGUAAAAUUAGAAAAACACUAUCAGGUAUUGUCAUUUUUACUCCAUACAGUGGUACCUUGGUUCUCAGACUUAAUCUGUUCCCGAAGUCCAUUCCAAAACCAAAGUGUUCCAAAACCAAGGCACACUUUCCCAUAGAAAGUAAUGCAAAAUGGGUUAAUCCAUUCCAGACUUUUAAAAACAAGCCCUAAAACAGCAAUUUAACAUGGGUUUUACUAUCUAACGAGACCACUGAUCCAUAAAAUGAAAGCAAUAAACAAUGUACUGCAGUCAUACAAUCAAUCAAUCAGUAGCUGAACUGGGUUCCACAUAGUUGCAAAAACAAAAACGCAAAAUAAAUAACAAAGACAGACAGACCUCAGUGUAACACUCAAAACGGAAGUGUGGCACUCAAAACAGAAGCAUAACACUCAAAAUGGAGCACGUUUGCCUUCUGAAAAAAGUUUGCAAACUGGGACACUUACUUCCGGGUUUGCAGUGUUUGAUUUCAACAACAAAAGAUUAGUCCUGGGGGUGGGGAGCAGAUGGACCCCUGCUAUCUCCAAAAGGAGAGGCCAACGCAACUUGAAUUUCCUUUGUUCCCACAACACCUGCCCCAGGGAUGUUCCAGGUGAGGAAUGUGGUCUGGAGAUGCAAACCUUAUUCUAACAUUAGUUACAACUGGCUCUCAGCUCCUUUUGAUCACAGCCUAGGCCUCCGUUGGUGGUGAAGUUCACCGUAAACCACCACCCACAACUAACAGGGGAGGCCACAGGCCUUGGAGUCCUUCAGAACAAGCAUCGAAGGGCAGAGUGUUCCCGGGUUUUUAGAAAAUGUACUCACCACGGAUAACAAUUAGUUCUGAAAAUCACCUGGUUCCCUCUCUCAAACACCCCACGACCUCUUUUAAUGGCAGGGCUGUACUGCAUUAGAUGAAAUUUGGGGACAUAAGCAGAGGGAUAUAAAUUGAGGCAUCACUUGAAGAGUCUCAAACAUUCCUGAACUGCUGCAAAGCCUUGCAAGGAUGAACAUUGUGCUGAUUACUAUUGUGUUUGCUGGCACCUGCUCAGCAGUUCCUAAGUACCAGGUUCCUGUACCCAUUCCGAUGAUGCCAGACUUGAAUCUGAAGAAGGUAACGGGAACAUUUCUCUCCUUCACUUAUAACUAGGGAUGGUGACAAAUUUAUCAAUAAUCGAGCUUGCACAGCCUUGUUCACCUGAUUACAGACUUUGCAAGCUGACUGUGCCCUCUUUAUAACCCACCUGUUUCUCCACGGAGCACAAGGUGCUGUACCUGGUUCUCCCCUUCCUCAUUUAAUCCCCACAACAACCCUAUGAGGUAGAUUGGGCCGAGAGGCAGUCACUGUGAGCUUCAUGGCCGAACAGGAAUUCGAAUCCUGGUCUCUCCCAUGCCCUAACCCAGUGGUUCUCCAAGGCUGUGUUGUGCCACACUGGUGUGGCAGGAGAGGAUGGCAAGUUUAGCAGGAAGAAUCAAGGACCAAUAAAGAAACAUGUAAACAUUUCAGUGUAGUAUGUAUAUAUAGCAUUGUUUUAUACAGCUGUACCUUAGUUCUCGAACGCCUUGGUACUCAUACAUUUUGGCUCCUGAAAGCUGCAAACCCAGAAAUAAGUGUUCCAGUUUGCGAAUGUUUUUCGGAAGCCGAACGUCUGAUGCCACUUCCUCUUGACUGCAGGAAGCUCCUGCAGCCAAUCAGAAGCUGCUCCUUGGUUUUCAAAUGGUUUUGGGAGGCGAACGGACUCCAGGAACUGAUUAAGUUCGAGAACCAAAGUGCUACUGUACUUAUAAAGUAGUUGUGUUCUGUGUUAUUAAUCAAGCACUGCUAGGAGUUGCUUCUUUUCAUUUUGCAAUGUAUUUCUUAUCAAUAAUAAUAAUAAUAAAACUUGAUGUGGCUUGAAAAAAUUUUCAUUCUGAAAGUGUGGCCCAGAGUGGAAAGUCUGAGAUCACUAUGCUACUUUAGCUACCAGUCUACGAUAUAUAUUAAAAUGUCUUUCUCAAUAACACACAAAAAAACCUCUUCUUUGUAGCUCACUGGUAAGUGGUUUCCUAUUGCAACAGUACAGUAUGACAAACAGACGAGAGAAGUCUAUGGCUAUUUAAUGGAGCCCCAAAAGAAUGGAGAACUGGUCCUCAAAAUUGAUGUUCCUAAGUAAGUCUGCAUCCACUGCUAUGAUCAUUAUCUACCUUCACAGUAUAAAGGGAAGGGUCCUGAGGCUUGGCCUGUUGCCUACCUACCCCUGCCUCUUUCAGCAGGGAGGCUAGGUCAUACACCCAGGGGUCCAGCCUUAGCUGCAUCCCUGAUCCCCGAAAGUCAAUUACAUCAGCUGAGAUUCUGAAUGUCUAUUGGGCAGCUUCCCGUUGCUCCCUCUUCUUCUGAAACUGGGCAAUGGGCCCCACAGAAGUCCAGGACUGGCCAACUCCCAGCUGCUGAUGGGGAUGAUGUCACAGGAAAAUUUGUUCUUUUGGGGGGGGUGCUGGGAAGGGGUGCAAAGGUCAGGACCAUCUUGGCAGGCUAGAGGAACCUCUUAAAGGCACUAUAACUUGAUUCUCAGAGGAAACAUGGGCCUGGCUGGGCACCUGGAACCCCUUUGAAAUCUUGUGCAGAGAUUGGGGGAGGGGGGCGUGCUGAUUGGGUGGGAAAGCAACUUGACAACCCUGCAUUUCUUUCCAGAAAGGGAGAAUGUCGGCGUAAAAAAGUUGUUCUAUACCCUAUAAAGCGGGCCGAAUUCGAUACUGAAGGUAAGUUUAAUAGAUUUCUCCAUUAUCUCCAUCAACACAUGCACGCUCUUUCUUUUGCAUCUGUGUAAGUGACUUCCAUGGCUGUUAAUGGAUCUUUUGCGGCUCUUUUUUCAAUAGAUGAGAAGACUACAGUACACAUUGUGGAUACAGAUUAUGAGACUUACCAUAUCAUCCACUUCCUCAUGGAGCAUAUGGGCAUGCUACAGCUGUAUGGUAUGUCUGGAGCUUAUUUGGGUGCCAUAGGUUACAAUGGGCACACCUGUCAGCUUUCGAAAAUCUCACCCAUCCUCCCAGUUUGUAUAAGGUAGGCACAGGCAACCUUCAGCCCUCCCGAUGUUUUGGACUACAGUUCCCAUCAUCCCUGACCACAGGUCCUGUUAGCUAGGGAUCGUGGGAGUUGUAGGCCAAAACAUCUGGAUGGCCGAAGGUUUCCUAUGCCUGGUCUAAGGAUAUGUAAACACCACCACUAACUGCCAAUAGAGUAAUCCACCACCACCCCACAGCUAGAUUUGUCAGAAUAAUUGGAGCAUCACGAUAAAACCCCAACAACAAAUUUGCCGUAAUCUACUGGCAAUUCAAAUUUUCGUCCCCACGACAACCCUGCGAGGCAGAGUAGCUUAAAGUGCUGGUUGACGUGCUCUGUGCAAAUGUGCCUCACAAGCCCCUGAGGGUUGCAUCAGGAUGGGACAAUUCAGAAUGGAGAAGGAACACUGCCCUACACUUCUGGUUUUUCAUUUCAAACCUCCUCCUUCUGAAGCUGUUCUUUAAAAAGAGGGCAGGGAAGGAAGGAGUCAGGCAAGAGGGAUUUGUUAAGAUACUUAACAGCAUGAUGAAGCAGCAAAAAAGAGCUAAUGCAAAUCUCAGCUGCAUCAGCAGAAGUAUUGUGUCCAGAUCCAAAGAAGUCACAGGACCACUCUAUUCUGCCUUGGUCCAACCACACCUGGAAUACAGUGUCCAGUUCUGGGUGCCACAAUUUAAGGAGGAUAUUGACAAGCUGGAAUGUGUGCAGAGGAGGGCAACCAAGGUGAUCAAGGGUUUGAAAACCAAGCCUUACGAGGAAUGGUUGAGGGAGUGUUUAUUUUUGCUUGGAAAAGAGACUGAGAGAAUAUAUGAUAGUCAUAUUCAAAUAUCGAAAGGACUGUCACAUGGAAGAGGGAGCAAGCUUAUUUUCUCCUCCGGAGGGUAGGACUCAAUCCAAUGGAUUCAAGUUACAAGGAAGGAGAUUCGGACUAAACAUCCGGAAGUAUUUUCUGACAGUGAGAGCUGUUCAACAGUGGAACGGACUCCCUCAGGAGGUUGUGGACUCUCCUUCCUUAGAAGCUUUUAAGCAGAGGUUGGAUGGCCAUCUGUCAUGGAGCCUUUAUCUGAGAUUCCUGCAUUGCAGGGGACUAGAUGACCCCAACUGUACCAUUCUAUGAUCUAUCCUCCUGCACUAUGAUGCUCAUUCUCAAUGCCAACUCCUUGUUUGUGUCUUAAGGCAGGGAACAGACUGUGUCAGAUGAAGUGAAAGAAAAAUUUAGAACUUUGGCCACAGAUUUGCAAUUCGAUCCAGAAGCAAUCGCCUAUGUAUCCGAAAAUAGUAAGGGCAAUUAAUGCUUAAGAUUUUCUCCGCCCUGGUUUGAAGGUAUGGUGAUGAUGAUGCUAGCCGCUUGGACUCUAGAGAUCACCAGGUAUUAUUAGAAUCUGGAUAUGAGGGAGUUGGGUGGUGUUUAGCCUGGAGCAGAGGAGAUUGAGAGCGGAUGGGAUAGUCCUCUUCAAAUGUCUCCUGGGCUGUCACACAGAAGAUGGAGUUAGCUUCAUAUUAGUGUAUUUUUGGUAUUUGUUGAAGCCACCCAGAGUGGCUGGGGAAACCCAGCCAGAUGGGCGAGGUUACAAAUAAAUAAUAAUAAUAAUAAUAAUAAUAAUUAUUAUUAUUAUUAUUAUUAUUAUUAUUAUUAUUAUUUCUCCUGCUCUGGAGGCUAGCUUUUGAACUAGUGGAUUCCAAUUACAAGAAAGGGGAUUCCAACUAAACAUCAGGAAGUACUUUCUUACAUUAUUAGAUUUGAAGAUCUCGGGACAGUUCACAGUAUAAAAAUACAAUAUAAAAACACAAAAAUACAUAAUAAAAAGGAGAAAAAUAACAAAAAAAAACCCCACCCCUAAGCCAUCCCUCCCACAAACACAUGUAAAAGGACAUAGACUGUUCAUCAGCCCAAGGCCUGGGUGAAGGGGAAUGUUUUUGCCCACUGCCUAAAUAGAUAUAACAGUGGUUCCAGCCAAUCCUCCCUGGGGAGAAUGCCCACAGAAUGGGGAGCCACUGCAGAAAAAGUCCGUUCUUGUGUUGCCACCUUCCAGACCUUUUGUGGAAGAAGCACAUGAAGAAAGGCCUCACAUGAUGAUUGCAGGAUCCAGGUUGGUUUAUGUGGAGAAAAGCGGCCCUUGAGGUUUUAUCAAGAGAAGGUUUUCUCCACAUGUAGAUAAGCAUUAUGGAUCCUUUAAAAAAGAGAAACCCUACUGAUAUCUGAGAGCCAAUCUAUUGUUGGCUCUGGAGCAUGGCCCAUAAGGAACAAAAUAAUAAUAAUCAUCAUCAUCCUUAACUUGUUCUGUUCCCUGGACCCAAUCCCACAUCUUGCUCAUUCACUGACAGCAUUUCUUUUCAUCCACAGAUCUCUGUAUAUAAGAAGAUAUGGAAAAGGUAAGAUAAUUAGUCCUCUGCACACUUACCUGGGAGUUCAUAAGCUUUUAUUGAAUUCAGUGGUGUUUACUCAUCAGUAGACACAUCUAAGGCAGUGGCGGAGCUUCAUGCUCCAGCUCCGGGGGACAGAGAGCAGGCAGUGGUGGGGCUGGCUCGUGUCCCAGGGGCUUUAAAGGUCAGCACCAACGCUUUGAAUUGUGCUCGGAAACAUACUGGGAGCCAAUGAAGAUUUUCAGGACCAGUGUUAUAUGGUCUCAGCGGCCACUCCCAGUCACCAGUCUAGCUGCCACAUUCUGGAUUAGUUGUAGUUUCUGGGACACCUUCAAAGGUAGCCCCAGGCCUCAGGCAGAAGUCUCCAUGAACACUGAUAAUUUUAGCUAGUUCAGACCUGAGACCCCUCCAGCAUCCAACUGAAUCUGACACUGACAUCUUCCAGCUGAUUUGCUGAUAUUAUUAUUAAGAUUAUAAGGAUUUUAUGUACUACCCUCUACCCAGAGGUCCCAGGGCAGUUAUCACCUAUGGCCUGGAGAGUAGGAACAUUAUCAUUUGAAAACAUCGGCAAAUCAGGCUUUUGUUAAAUGACCAGGAGCAGGGUCCAGAGGAAUACAACUGCAACCUUUGUGGGUUUUCUCCAUGGGCCGAGGCUCUUGUCUUUUGCAAUUCCAUGCAGAAAGCCAAAAAUAACAUGGGAAAGAUGUCUGCAUGAGGAUGGGGAUGGAGGAAUCGUCCUGGAAUCUGCCUCCUGCAUUGCAAAUACCAACCACCAUUGUGAACCAUUCCAUUUGGAAAGAAAACUUGAAUCAUUUGGAUCAGAUAUAUAUUCAUAA